UCUCUUCCCCGUUGCAGCCCACCCGAAAGAAAAAAAAAAAAGGGAACCCAACCAUGCCUUGGAAAAUCGAGAAAAUUUCGGAUCUGCCUUGCUCUGUCUUCACCGCCGGCUGCUCCGGCUUUGUGCGGUUUGAUUUUCUCCAGUUUCUGAUUUCCGUGAGUUUCCCUGCAGAUCCCGCCGGCCUCCUCCCCAAACUGCAGCUCCGGUUUCCUUGCUUGCAAAUUCUGGUUCCUGAUCGUUCUGUCAGUUUAGCACUAAGAUCGAGUCUUCGGUUUUAUGCAAGUGAGGAAGCGAGGUCAAGGACAGGGAAAAAUGAGAGAAGUGAUGAGUUAGAAGGCUAGCCAUUUCGAGAUUGAUAUAGAUUUUAGAAAUAAAUCAUACUUUUGUAAGAUAGAUUUUACCUUGAAUUUAUGAGAUCAAAACAGAUUUUGGUCAUUAGAUCAAAUACUUGGAUUUAAGUCAUUUUGGAUAUAGAAAUAAAUUGAAAUAUUUGAU